UCCGAGAGUGCCAAUUUUGUUGUUAUUAUACAUGUCACAUAGCAGCUGUUAGUUCAAUUAGUAAAAUUUCAACAUCUGUGCGCUUUCGGGAUGUCGUUCCGAGAAGAUCAGGUCGCUUUGAGCUUCCACGAAUCCUGUCUACGGCUGUCCGAUGUAGACCUGCUGAAGGGUCCCUUCUGGCUGAACGACCAGAUCAUCUCGUUCUACUUCGAGUACCUGGAGAAGAUGAUUUACAAAGACGAGGACGAUAUGCUGUUCGUCAGUCCCGAGGUGACACAAUGCAUCCGAAUGGUGACGGAAACGGAAGUGGGUAUCUUCCUGGAGCCCCUAAAGGCCCAACAGCGUUUGUUUAUUUUCUUCGCGCUGAACGACAACCAACUGGCGGACCGUGCCGGAGGAUCCCACUGGAGUUUGCUGGUGUUCUCCCGACCCGAGAGGGCCUUCUAUCAGUUUGACUCAUCGCACAGCUCCAACGCGGACGUGUGCCGUCAAUUUGUGGCGGUACUAAAGCGGGCCCUUUGCUGUCCGGAUGCCCAGCUGCGGACGGGCGAUUGCUUGCAGCAGAGCAACGGAUACGAUUGCGGAGUUCACGUGCUGUGCGCGGUGGAUAAGGUCACCCAACAGAUUCGGAAAACGGGCAAAAUCGAGGGAGUGAAGAGUGCCCGGUACGAUGUGAUUCGUGGCAAACGGGAGGAGAUUCUCAACAUCAUCAUCGAUCUCGGCGGGAGGAUUAAGUAGAGCGCGGCCAGCUGACGGUAGAGGAUGUCGUCGCGGCUUUAGAAGUGCUGAAUGUCUGAUUGAUUCACCACCGGAAGUGCUUUUUUAGCGAGAACAAACGGACACAUUCGACACAGUCGGCGCAAACGUAGAGUAACAAAUUGAUUUUGUUUGUAGCAGCUGCACCUGAGUUUACCAUGGCAAAUUAUUGUCUCUUUUUUAAAAUCUAGUAAUUUAUUUUAGCACGUUUUUCAAGGAAAUAUAUUAUGCGUUUUACGUCAAUGACAUUUGUCUAUAUUCAUCCAAAUGGUAACCGGGGUUUCCUUUUAAAUUAACAAAAGUUUCUUUAAAAAAUUUUACUUUACAAUUAAUGAUAAGUGAAUGAAUUCACAUGAAUCAUGUGCGAUUGAAGAUUAGCGAUUUAAAUAGAAGGA